AUGAUGUUAUGUCUGCUUCGGACUCAACCAAUUAUGCAAAGACUUAAGGUGGUCCUAAAACGUGACAAGGUACGAGUGCCGUGCCCAGUAAAUUGUCCUUGUGAACAUCCUAUCAACUGGAGAAGUGAAGAUGUCUCUUUGUCUAAUCUUGAAGUCGUUGAAAUUCAUGGCCUGCAAGGUGAAGAUGAUGAAGUUGAUUUCCUAAAAGGCAUACUCCGAUGUGUAACAGUGCUUCGGAGAUUGACAAUGACUAUUUCUGAUGACAUCUCACCAAGUAACAAUGGCUACGAGAAGAUCUGCAGCAUUAUGAAGGAGUAUCCUGAUGUGGAAUGCCAUAUUAUGGCAUCCGUUUCUGAGGGGUUCUUUAUCCAUGAAUAG